AUGUCAGCGGAACGUGAGACUCGGCCGCGUCUAGCUAACCAGGCAAACACAGAUGAUGAAGCUGUGGGCCUUUUACAUCAACUGGAGGAGAUCGAUCUGUUCGAUGGAAAGCAAAAAGGAAAGGGUCGAGCUGAUGAGCCUUUAGACAUUGAUCUGGCGCUGACAGCGUUUCGGCAUGAGGUGCAAGCCCACAUUGGCUUUUUGAAUGACCUAAAGCUUGCCCAUAGUAUUGCCCAUGCUGGUUAUAUGGACAGCCCAGCCAUCGCAUGCAUCACGCAGGGAGAGUUGCAAGCCCAGCGUGAUAGACGUCUGGCAAUAACAAUCAGCGCCGAUGAUCCGGAGCUUCGGAACCAUCCGCCUGGAGCGAUGCAUAACCAGUCUCAUGAAUUGCACAUACCUAAGGACCCCCUUAGUGGAGAGGGCCAUUUUGAUCGUGAUCCUGAUGAAGACAAAGGUGGUCCGUCGAAAACAUAUGCGGAGCGCCAGAAAGAAGCGAUGGAGAAGCUAUCUCGUCCAAAGCUACAAUGCUGUACCUGCUUCGAGAACUUUGAAUCAAGCGACAUAACUCAUUUGCCAUGUGGUGACUUCUACUGCACCGAUUGUCUUAAGAGCCUUUUCAUGAGAGCCACUAAGGAUGAGCAACUAUUUCCGCCGAGGUGCUGUCGUCAACAUAUCCCCUUAUCCCUCAUAGCCCAACAAAUGACCACGGAAGAAAAGGAUGCAUUCCAGAGUGCAGAAAUUGAAUUUUCCACAGCCAACAGAACCUACUGCAGCAACACCGACUGUGGCAGGUUUAUAAUCCCGAGUAACAUAUUGUCCUACGAAGCGAAAUGCCAGUACUGCGGCUCCUUGACUUGCACAAUGUGUAAAAGCGCCUGUCACUUUGAUGAUUGCCCAGAAGACACUGCUCUUCAGGGAACACUAGAACUUGCCACAAACCAAGGAUGGCAGCGUUGUUUCUCCUGCAAGACAAUGGUUGAGCUGACAACAGGUUGCUACCACAUGACAUGCAACUGCAAGGCCGAAUUCUGCUACCUGUGCGGCAUAAGGUGGAAGUCCUGUCGCUGUGAAAUGUGGUCGGAACGGAGACUGGUUGCCAGAGCUGAAGAGAUUGUAGAUCGAGAAUUGGAUCGGCCCUUGCCUCAGCAGGUACGCCAGCACCGCAUCGCACAGCUGCGCGAUGAUUUACUUGAGACUCACGAAUGUGAACACUCACGACGCUUCGAACGUAUCUUGAACGGCACUAUUUCCAAGUUUGAAUGUGAAAUGUGUGGGGCACGCCAUUGGAAAUAUAUUUUGCGGUGCCGUCGUUGUCAUUUCCGAGUGUGUGAGGAUUGUCGGAGGCAUCGUAUGUAA